UUUCAAUUCUCAUUAUUCCUCAAAAACCCUAGCCAUUUCCAUCCCAAUCCAGCUGCUUUUUUGGGUUUUCGAGCUUUAUUAGUUCCAAUUUCGGGUGGGAUUUAUCAUCUUCAUCGAUUCAAAUAAUCCGGAACCAUGGAUUGGAUCCAAAGAGCUCGUGAUCAAUUGUUUUUCUUAGAGGAUGUUAUUGAGAUUUCUAGAGAAUUGAGUGUUUGGAUCUGAAGGAAUUUAGUGGUUGAAUUGAUCUCGGAGAGGUAGUUAUCAAGUUGUUGUACCGAUUCUAAUGCGGUAUUUGGUGUUUUUACGAUGAAAUUAUUUCUUCUGAUCUAUUUCAGUGAGAGAAAAGAAGUGAUUUUUAGGUUUUCUAGCUGAUUUAGAUUAGGUUUCUUUGUUUUUUUUUUAUACAUUUUGGGAAUUCAACAUUUUUAUCUAUGGAGUUGGAUCCGCUUUUAAAGGAUCUUGUGGAGAAGAAGCUCGUUUUUAGGAACAAUGUGGCUUGUUUGACAGCCGAGCUUAAGGACCUUCGAAGACGAUUGGCAUCACAAGAAGGGAACUUCGCUCGAGAAACUCAAACUAGAAAGAUUGCAGAGGCGAGGGCGAGAAGCAUGGAGGAUGAGAUUGGAAGGCUGCACAUUUGUCUUGGAGAGAAAGAUUGGGAAUUGCAGGCUUCUAGAUCUGCCACUAAGCAGUACCUCCAGGAGUUGGAUGACCUGAGAUCAAAACUAUUUAGUGUACAAGCUACUGCUGGUGCCAGCGUAGUAGCAGCUAAGACAGCCAUGGACCAAUGCUUGUUAUUGCAGAAAGAGCUAGAUGCAAGGGAUGCUACAUUGAGAGAGCAUGAGACGAGAGUUCAUGAGCUUGGUAAGCGGGUAGAUCUCCUGCAAAAGAAUCUUGAAGCGAGAGAAUUCUCUCAAAUACAACUGAAAGAUGAUUUUUUAAGAUUAGAGAAGGAGAUAAUGCAUGCUGUUGCCAGUAAUGCUGCACAGCUCGAUUGUGAUCUCAGGAAGGUAAUGGAGCUUGUUUCUUCAAACAAAACAGAAACUAUGGAUGCUCUUUUGAAUGCUAAGGAUGGAGAGAUUGCUCGUUGGAGAGAUGAGCUUAAGUUCUUGUCGGAAAAUCAGAAACUGAGAAGCAUGGAAUUAGAGUUACAACUAGAAAAACAUCAGGUAACAGAUCAAGAACUAAAGAAGAGAGUGUUAAAGCUGGAAUUCAGUCUCCAAGAAGCCCGUUCCCAGAUUCGCAGGCUCCAAAAGAUGGAAGGGAAGAGGGAGAAUACAUUGAAAGAACUAAGAGAUCAAAUCUCAACAAUGGAGAAACAGAACAUUUCAGGGUGCCCAGAUGAGCUGAGCUUUUGGGAGAGCCCUGGUUUGAAAAUCUUUGUUUCUAUAUCUUUGUUGUUCUUGGUUCUCUACACCAAGAGAUAGACAUGCAAAAACCAA